GCGGCGCCUGGAGACUGUCGGAUCUCGAUUAAUCCAGUGCCUCGGCGCUUCGGAGCUCCUCGACACCGAGGAGUCGAAGCCCCCUGCGCAGUGGCUGACAGCUCUGGAGGAGGAGUGGCCGGGUUCAGGCUUUGUGCUGACAGACCUAUCGGCUCUACAGGCACAGACAUUACAAGGGGCUUCUGCCGACUUCGAGCACUUCCCAAACGGGACUGGGAUUGCUGUGGUCAUGGACCUGGGCUUCGGCAGUGCCAUGCAUUGGGAGGUCAUGGCCAUGCAGACGGGGAAGGACGACCUUCCGGGGGCGCUCACGGCGUUGACCGCCCUCCGCGCACGGCGCCUGCAGCGCAAUCGCGUGGCGGAGGUGGCGCAAGAAGCAUCCGCUGCGCUGCCCGCGGUGCCCUUCGCUGCCGCGCUGACACUACCGAAGCCCAAG